AAUCAUCAUCUAGAAAAAUGGGGUGGCAUUAACAAGACAGCCAAAAUCUAGGACUACCUUCCCUUUUAGUAAAAGACAAAUCAACAAACCGUUAUAAAAAAAAAACAAUUUUUUUUUUAUUAUCUGAAAAAUAAUCUUGAUCAUUUUUCCACUAGUGGGGUUCUUUUUUUUUUUCUUUUUUUUACACAAGAUUUUUUUAUUUUUUUUUCAAUUCUUGAAUUGUUUUUUGGGCUUGUAGUUGUGGGGUUGUUAAAGAAUGAGCAUUUCUUGAUUUUUUUUGAAAGAAAAAAAAAAGGUUAUAGCUUUGGUUGUUCAUAUAUUGAGGUAAAUAUCAAGAAAAUAAAUUUUGGGUUCAUUUUCUUUUCUUUUUUCAAAAAAAAAUUGAUUCUUUGAAUCAAAAUUUCACAUUUGUGAAGAGAAAAGGAAGAAGGAGAAAGAUGGGUGAUUUGGAGGUGAUUGGUUCAAUUCUUGUGGAUUUAUCAGACUUUUUUCUGUUGUAAAAUAAGAAAUCGUGUAGUUACUCUUCCGGUCAGAUGGCUGAAAGUUAUACGCCUCUACUUGAUGUUGCUUCGUUGAAAGAAACGCUAUGCGCUCAACAACAGCUUCUACAGAAGCUUUACAAUGAGUUGGAUGAGGAAAGAGAAGCCUCUUCCAGUGCAGCUAGUGAAGCGUUAUCGAUGAUCUUGCGUCUGCAAGGAGAAAAAGCUGCAGUAAAAAUGGAAGCUGAACAGUACAAGCGAUUGGCUGAGGAGAAAAUGUGUCAUGCCGAGGAGUCGUUAGCCAUUUUCGAGGAUCUUUUCUACGGAAAAGAGAUGGAGAUAGCUGCGUUGGAGUAUCAAGUGCAAGCUUAUAGGUAUAAGCUGUUGAGCAUGGGCUGUAUAGAUCCCGGGGUUGGCGAAUUCAAAUAUCCUGAGAAUUUGUUGCAAAGAAACGAGAUGUUAGCUGGCGAAAUGAACCUCCAAGCGCUUGGAAGGCGUAACUCCGCCCCUCCUUUUCCUCUGAAAAUUCCGAAGAGGGGUGCUAUGGAAAUAGAUGAUUCGAGUUCGGAAAGAGAUUCAAAUUCGAAAACAGUGGAGGAAUAUACAGGUCAAGAAGUGAGUGAUCAACUGUCGGAUACAGAGAAGAAGACUGAUAUUUCCACGACUGGAAGUAUCAAUUCGUAUUGGCAACAGAUACGGAAGUUGGAUGAUCGAGUGAAAGAUAUUACAGGAGUUAGCUAUGCGAAUAUGAGGAGUGAAACGAGGUCUCCUUCACCACUUUCUCAUAGAAGUAUGAAGAUGAGCAAAUCGGAAGCUGAAAUGUACCAGCCUAAGCUUCACAUAAGCAAAUCAGAAAACGACACACCUGCUGAUCCUGGUUGUUCUCCGAAUGUUCUUGAUGUCUUUGAAGUGCCUCGUGCAGAUAAGGAUACCAAUAUUGAUAUUGGAUUGCCUCCUAGACAUGAUCGUAAGAUGGCUUUGCACAACGAUGAAAGGCUCGAGCGACCAGAUUCUGCCCAGCAAGAGGCUGUAAAAUCAUCGGUUAGAGAUGAGGCUGAUUUGCUAAAGAAGUACUUUGUAUCUGCACAGCGAGAGAACAAGUUACGAAGAGCAAGUGAAGCUGCUGCUAUUACCUGCCAUUUGGCAAUAUCUCGUCCUACAACCAGCGUUUCUGAGACUAAUGAGGUUCAUCAGCCUAAUCGAACAUCUGAGAUAGUCGAAGUUGGAAGAGAAGCGACAAGACAAGAAAUGGCUCGAGAAGAAGAGCUGAAGUUGUUACAUGACAUUAAGGAGCAACUAAAUUUGCUGCAAUCUGAAAUCCAAAGUUUGAAAACCGACAAAGUCUCUCCAAGCGACGACGAGCCAUCCUUACUUCCUCUAUCAGAGGCAAUGAUUCACUUUUGGCUCUGAUCACAAUCUAUCAAAAGCUCGAGUGCCAGCAGUCUUUCAUAAUCAAGAUGCUGCCAUUUGUUGAAGUUAGUGGUUUUCUGCGAUGUCUGAACGGAGAAGAGUAGUUUUGUCGUUUUUGUGUGAUUGCGGAGAGACUGAAUAUGUUGUAAAUUGAUAUCACGUAGAGUGUACAGUACUGUAUAGCCUGCAUCUCAUCAACUUAGGUUCGUCGAGAAGAGGAGUGUCUUCACAUUGUUGUCCUGUUUUCAGUUUUAACAUUUUGACAUUGGACAAAGGUAAGGUCUACGUACAUCCUACCUUUCCCAGACUCCACUUGUGGGAUUACACUGUGUAUGUUUUUUUUUGUUUUGUAUGUUUGAAAUCCUAACUUGAGUGUUGGAAUGAAAAGCACCGGAAUGAUAUUUGUGGAUUCA